AUGUCAUCCACCCCACCACCGGGCGACGCCGCCGCUGCCGCCCCCGACGACGCGGCUACCAAUGCCCAAGCAACCGACAUUGAGAGCGCGGUUGACAACCCCGCACCCGCCGCUGCUGCUGAUGAUGAUGCCGCCGCCGCCGACGACGACGACUCCAAGAUGGAUGUCGAGAUGCCAGCCAACAGCGGUGAUAUGGGUGACAACAACUACGACGACGACGACGAGCUCGAAGAGGGAGAGCUUCCAGACGACACACACAACUCUCUCGACGCCCCGAGCGCAAACCAUCAUGAGACUACCGCGAUCGACGCAGAGGAUCCGGCCAAGGCGCAAAAGAUUGUGCUCGUGAUUGGGCGCAAACGCAAAGCCGACGAUGAGAUGACUACCGUCAGCUCGGAGCUUCACACCCCGCCCUCACGCCGAACCCCCUCGGACCAGGCGGAGGCCGCCUCAGGGCCCGCUUCGCUCGUCCCGUCCGCGGCAGCUUCUGAGCCCGAAGAAGAGGAGGAGGAUGAAGACGCCGCGGUUGAGGUAGACGACACUGCCAAGGCCGAGGACAGCAUCAAGGCGGAGCCAAAAUCAUCCGAAGUAGUCAUCAACAACACCACCGCUACCACGACAAAGUCCGAAUCGCGCUCCGAGGGCAAGGCCAGCGCCGGAUCCACCACCCGCUAUGCAACCCCGGCCGAGACCACACCAGCACCUUUUGAUGAUGGCAAGCCCAAGCGUGCUCCACGAAAGAGGCGCAAGUGGCUUCGCAAGGGCGAGGUGGACCCAGAUGACCACAAGGCCGUGGCAGAGCAAAAGGCACGGCACGCCCUCAUCGACGCGGCCCUGGAAGCCCUUGACCAACAAGAACGCCUCCUUCUUGACGGUACACACCCUCAACUCGUCGAACUCUGGAGGGAAUGCGAGCGUCGACGCGACCUGCAGCUCAAGUACAACGAAGAGAAGUUUAAGCGCAACACGUACGAGCUUGACGACCUGUUCCGCCAAGAAAUGGUCCAGAUUCGUCAACAGUUUGAGCACGACCGCGAGGACCUUUCCACAAAGAUGACGUUUGAGAUUCGCCGUAACGUGUCUCGGCUGGAUGCCGAAAAGACCUAUCUCGACCGCAACCGACCGUCCAACAAGCGCACCUAUACCAACAUGCCAACGUUGGGAGAAGGCCGUGGCUCCGGCGGCUGGGUCGUUCCCACCAAGCACCUGUUGUCGACAGGCACGCAAAAGACCCGGCUCGUCAAGGUCGACGACGACGUUCGUGAACGCCGAGAUGUCAUCCUCGGCGUCAUGCCAGCGUCACUCGACGACAUUGACGAUGACCUUGUUCGUCUUGGACUACGCAAAGCAGCGACAGUGUCACCCGAGCCGGAGCAUAUCCCCUCGCCGGUCCCGACCCCAGCGCCUAGGGCCGUAAAGGCACCCUUGGCACCAGCACCGGUAAUCGACGAGUACAUUGCCCCGCCACCACCGCCACCCCCACGGCAACAAGAGCCAAAGGCUACAAAGCAACAACCCAUCUACGGUGGGGGCUACUAUGGUCCUCCUGGCCUCCCAGCCCAUCGCGGGGCAGAGCCUCCAUACUAUGACCAAGCUCCUCCGCCGCUGCCAUUGCCACCACGCCGCGAUGAGCGCGAUAUCCCUCCUCCACCUCACGCCUACCACGCUCCACCACACCCACAACAGCAUGAAUACUACCCUCCCCCUCGCGACAUGCGCGAUGCCAUGCCCCCGCUCCCAGACCCGCGCGACAUGCGCAACCCCCCACCCCGCGAACUGCCCCGCGAGAUGCGCGAUCCACGCGACCUCCGAGACCCACGCAUCGACCUCCGUGACCCGCGUGCAGACCCGCGUGCAGACCUUCGUGCAGACCCCCGUGUCGACCCCCGUGUCGACCCUCGUAUCGAUCCUCGUGCAGACCCUCGUGCAGAGCUCCGCCCCGACCCCCGUGCAGAGCUCCGCGACCCCCGUGCCGACCCCCGCGACCCUCGCGCCGACCCGCGAGGACCUCCCCCGCACUCGCGGUACGAGGAGCCUGCGUGGUGGGGUGCUCGUGGUCCAGUGACCGCCACUGCCUCGGGUGGCUACGACCAUGAACGUGCCCCAGGACGAUACAUGCCACCACCGCCAGCAACUGCCACUGCGCCUCCCUCCGUGCGACCUCCACCACAGCCGCAGACCGCCACACCGGCCGGCUACUGGGGCAACGAGUGGGGAGGCCCUCCUCCUCCACGCGGCUACUACUCUGGAGCAACAUACGCGUCCCCGCCCGAGCGGCGACUGUAUCCGCAGGGCGCUGCUCCAGCAGGCUACGCCACAUCGCGUGGCCUGUAA